UAUCCACUACUUUGUUUACAUUCCUGAACAAAAUGGCGGACGAAGCGCUUUCGAGAGCAGGAUUACACUUUGAUGAGUUGAAUAAGAUAAGAGUUCUUGAACCAGAAGUACAGUCGCAGACAACUGAGCUUAAAGAAGAAUGUAAAGACUUUGUUGACAAAAUUGGAGACUUUCAGAAAAUUGUGGGAACAUUUAUUGAAGUUGUAGACAAUGUUUCAAAAGAAGUUGAAAAAGAAAAAAUGAAGGCGAUUGGCUCAAGGAAUUUACUGAAAUCUAUUGCUAAACAAAGAGAGGCACAACAACAACAACUUCAGGCAUUGAUAGCUGAGAGAAAAAUGCAGCUAGAAAGAUUAAGAAUUCAAUAUGAAAAUUUACAGAAAGAAGAAAGUGAACAGAAUGAAUUUAUAGAACAGUUUAUUCUGCAGAAAUAGUUGUGAACUGUUUUCUAUGUUGUCAUAUAAUUUAUUGUGUUUCACAUCUAUUCCGUCCAUCAUUUCAUAGAGGGUUGAUUUUAUUGUUGAUAUACCAGUAUAUAAUUGAACUGUUUCAUAGAAGAAAAUGUGAUAAAUAUGGGUCAAUGUCAUUAUGUGACAGAAAUUUAUUUCAUUCUCUUGGCAGUACAUAGAUAUACAUGUCUUGUCGUUGAGGCAAUAAUAUACUUUAAAGGGAGACACAGGCAAAAUUUUUAUUUCUUAGUUUUGAAUUUUUCAUUCAAUAUUCUGUAAAUGUCCUCAAAAUGAAUACACUAUACAGUCACAGGAACAAAAAUGUUCUGCUUAUAAAGAAUAAAAUGGUGGUUUCCUAACUUGACCCACAUGGGUCAGGUUAGAGCAUUAAAUUUUCAAAAAAGUUGCCACAGUAACUCUCGAAACGUUUAAGAAACAUGUCAAAUGAAUGAUUUAGGUUUGUUCCUAUCAUACAAUAUCCACAAUAUCUGUUAUUGUAACUUCCAGGGUUUGUUCAAGUCACAUCAUACUUGGUGAUAAUGUUGGCAUCUUAAUUUCGUUCAACAUAUAUAAAUAUAUUAAUACGCUUGAAACCCAAAAUAUAUAGAUUUUUUGGGACCUUAACAAAUGUCAUUUUAGCGUGAUUUGAGUACAUAAGAUAAUUUUGAUAUUUUUGUCAUUUAUUUGCCUGUGUAUCGCUUUAAAGGCAUUAAUGUAUAAUUUAUCUUUGAUAUUUUAUAGAUCUGAAAUGUUAAAUUUUCUUUAAAAAUCAUAUGAAAUUUCAGAUGACUAAAGAACCAUGCUAUAAAUUAUUAAGAAUGCAUUUCAUAAACAUUUCAAAACACUUAAAUAGUGGGUGCACUGGCAUUGGUUUCAAGCCAUACUUUGGAUAAAGUAUUUCAAAGAAUAUCUGAAUAAGCUAUCCACUACCUUACAGGAUUAAUAUCUGCUUAUUUCAGAAAAAAUAUACUGAAGGACAGUUCCUCUUUAUUAAGGUCUUCAUCUUUUGUAGUUUAACUCAAGAGGACUGAAAUAAUGUAUUGAUUGCCAUCAAUAGCGAAUGAAUAGAAGUAUUUCAAGAUGACAUAAUAACUAUCCUAUGUAUUCUUUUCCUAAUUUAAGUGAUAGUAAAAAAUUGCAAUUAUGUUGAGGGGAAAUAAUAGCAUUUUCUGACAAUAAAAAUAUAUAUUUAUACACUUGCGAAA